AUGAGUUUGCAAGAUAUCCAAGUGCCCGUGGAGGUUAACCCCGAUGAAGACACGGAGUGGAACGACAUUCUUCGUGCCCACGGGAUCAUUCCGCAAAGACCCAAGUCGCCGACGCAAGAGCUCGAAGAAGCCAUGGAAGAAGCGGUGAAAAGGGCGCACGACAAUCGGCUCGAGAACAAAACGUUGGGCGAGCUCGAAGAGUUGGAGGACGAAGAGGACGAGGAUUUUUUGCACGAGUACAAGAUGAAGCGGUUCCAGGAGCUUCGCAAGUUGGGCGAGAAGCAGAAGUAUGGCUCGGUAUAUCACGUUACCAAACCCGAGUAUGAGGACGAGGUGACGAAGGCACUGGAAGAGUGCUUUGUCUUGGUGCAUAUGUCGCUUCAGCUGGCGGUGCAGAGCCGUCUUUUGGCGCUGCUUUUGGUGACGUUGGCGCAGAAGUUCCCCGAGAUCAAGGUCACAGAGAUCCCAGCAAACAGGUGCGUGGAAAACUACCCGGAGGCCAACUGCCCGACGCUAAUCAUCUACCACAAGAAGAACAUUGUCAAGAACUACGUCACACUCACCCAGUUGGGUGGCAGCGACUGCAAGAUAGCCGACUUGGAAAAGGUUUUGGUCGACAUAGGCGCAGUCAAGCAUUCGGACGAGAGACUCGAGAUGAACCAGCAAGACGAGGAUUUGGAGGAGGCCAGGAGAACCCGCUUUGUCAAGAAGUCGUUGCGUGGGCUGAAACUCGACCAUGACGAUGACGAUGACGAUGAUUUUUACGAUUGA